CAAAAACCUUUGCUCAUCUUCCUUGUCGACGUUCAAAGCAUACCCAUUAAACCCAGUCAUCUGCAAGCGCUCAUGUCAUUCUAAGACGCACUCUUAUUGUAGCUCUUUUUUUCGUUGUAAGCAAACAAGGUCGCCUGAAGAGCAGACAACCCUAUUGCCGCAAUGCAGCACAUACAACAAAUAAUAGCAGGGAAAUCCAACACGACGUUGUCGUCAAUUGCGACGGGGGUUUAUCGCGGGACGCGAUAUGUGAUCUAUGCAAGCGGUGCUAAUUGUAUCGUCUAUACUGCAACCAACGAAUUCGUCCAGAUUCUGAGAAGUCCAGCUGGUGAUGAGGAAGAGGUAGCAGCCGUUGCAUUUGCGUCUGACGGAGGAUGUAUCGCGGCAUCAUUCGGAGACAAAGUUCUAUUAUUCAAACCCCGUGAAGGUGGGGAUAAGAUUCAGUGGAACUUGGAAAGCACGUUGACGCACCCCAACCCAGUACGGGCAAUAUCGUGGAGUACGCAAGGUGAAUUGUUGGUCGCUGGACGAUCUAUAUGCUUAUGGGAACGAAAGGACGAUGGGGUAGAUGCGCAAGAUGGUGGCUGGAUACAAACGUGGAGUGUUAGCUUAUCAUCAGACGUUGCCAAAGCGGAAUUCUCGCCAGAUGGACAUUUCUUUGCGACUUUCGGAGAGUUUGACAGGCUUGUUAAAGUGUGGAAUAAGGUCACGGAAGGUCACGGCAAAGACUUUCCAAAGUACAACUUUGUGUACUUACCACAUGCGAGAUCCGUGAUUAACAUGGAGUGGCGACGCACAUCAAAACACCGACUGGUUGAGGACAACGUCUUGAUGACAAUAUCUCGGGAUAACAUAUGUCGGCUCUGGUGCCCCGUCUCGGAAGCCGAGCCAUAUGAAUUUCAUCUUGCAGUCGCCAUCGACCCCACCGAUUUCCCACUCACUGAGGACCCAACCAAAUCACCGCAUCCCCAUAUCUGCGCUGUGCACUGGCUGCACAGUGAAGAGAUUCAACGCGCCAUCAAACUCAGAGAAGAGGAAGAGAAGCGAUUUGCCAAGAAGAAUUCACGUCGAAAACCUGGUUCCACACUGCUGAAGAGUCGGAAAUUGAAAGACGCAGUAAAAGACUAUUCCGAAAUACUCUUUCAUGUCCAGAGCGAUGGAGCUAUGAUAGUUUGGGGAGUGCAGUAUCUGACGAGCCGUCCAAGGCGGAUGGCAAAAGUCAUUGUGCUCAUGAAAACUGACCAGACGGUCGCCUCUGAAGAUUUCGACUUUUUUGAAGGGAAUGUAACAGUCUUUCAUAAUGACUGGGCCAUGAAAAAGUCCGCGAUUUUCUUCCCAGCUGAACUCCAAAUACUUGCCCAACGGGCAGACGGCAUCAUCAACACAUAUACAAUGAAUCUGGAUGACUUCUUCGCCACAUCUUGGAUGAUUCCACACCUAUCGCUGAUGCACUCAUGGGGUGGUCCUCGUGGUUCUGUAAAGAAACUUUGCAGACAUCCGAAUAAGAAUUUCGUUGCGUCUGUCGGGAUGGAUGGAGAGGUCAUUGUUUAUCAGAGUAGUGUCCCGCAGGUUGGACUGAGGACAACCGAUGGCUUGCAAGUCAUAGCUUCUUUUCCAGCGGAUGGCGUUCACGACAGAACUCGGAACGUCACUUGGCUUCCUCAUGGCUUGCAUCUCGUCAUUGAGGAAGCGGGUAUAUUGAUAUUAUACCGUAUCGAUGCAGCGGGAAAGACCAAGCUACGAGAACUGGAAGGAUAUGAUUCGACAUGUCGUUUACUUCUUCUGCAUGCCUAUUACGAUGCCGAAGUUAAUGAAAAGAACGCCGUACAUAUUAUUGGUAUCGGAGCCGAGAACACCGUGUUUGUGUGGGCCGCAGAGUUCAAUGCGAAUGACGCUGUGGGAGCAUCAUUAAUAUCAAAAAGCCGCCUCGAGCAUUCAAUUGUUCGCGCCUCCCCGACAGAUGACCUGUGUUCGACCUUUUACCCCGACUCUCCAGUCGGUGCACAUGUCUUUUUGACCUUUUCCGAAGACAAUAUAGUUCGAUUUUGGCAUACUGGGAAUGGAAGUCUGGCGUCGCUUGCGUCCAAUGACACUCAGCCAUGGCGGGUAGUAGCGGAGUUUGAAGUCAAUGAGGUGGCGGAGCUCGUGGAAACUGAUGCAUUCGGUAAACUAGCGAUAGUGUCUGUUAAGGAUGGUAGCAGGCAGCUGGCCGUCUGGGGAAAUGAAGCCACGGGUUUGGAGAUGAGAGAGGAAUGGAGGAUUUCGCUGAGUGAUAGCGUGAUUGGAAUGGACUGGUACUUCACAUCAGAUGGCCAACAUGUACUUGCCCUAGCUAUGCCCAACCGGGUGCACGUGUAUUGCCAGCAGCGACUGGCCAGCGUAGAGGACGUGCCUAGCUGGACGAUCAUCAGUACUAUUGAGCUACCCUGGACGGAUACGGUUUCCGCGGUGUCAUGGUUAACAAAUGGAUCGCUAGCGGUUGCAACUGGGCAGAAGAUAUCCGUCUAUGAGAAGUGGCUUGAGGAAGAUGAAACUGGGCCAUCGGCCAGGGAUGAUGAUGCAACACCCAGACACAUGUUUUCUGUGGUGGAUGAAACAAACGGCCGGAUGCCCGAUCAUCAUCCACAAUUACUUGUGCAAUAUCUACUGUGGGGAAAAUUCAAUUUAGCGCGAUAUACCCUUUCCUUACUGUAUCAUUUUGUCAAACGUAUGGUCGAGAGCGGGAGAAUCAUCAGCGCUACCCCUAUGCCCCUGUGGAAGAUAUUUGCCGACGAUGAGCCAGAGACACAGGGCGGGCAGCAAUACGAUGCCUUGUUUGAUUUUGGUGACGAUGACUCUCAGAAGGAAGUUAAAGUUGGCGAGUUUGGGGACGAGCAGGCAGCGUAUCUUUCGGAGCAGUUGGCAAAAAUAUCACUGCCUGGUAUCACCAAUGUGGAGCAGAUGUCCCUUUUGGCGGUAAUCGAUACGCUUGUACAGGUGGAAAAACAGAAGCGAUCCCUAGACGAGAAUGGAGUCCGAUAUGUCCUCGCCAUGCGUUUGUUCCUGUUUUCACAGAAGUCCUUUCCGUCUCACCUAAAGCCAAACGGCCUGACGUCGAGGGAUAUUACUUGGGCUUACUUUAGCGAUUCGCAGGACAUGCUCUUAGAUUUCAUUACCCAGUCAUUCAACAAUAAACUCAUCUGGAAAGAUGCUAAAGCUCUAGGAAUUGGUUUCUGGCUCCGCAACGCGGAUACGCUCCGCCGAACUGUGGAAACAAUGGCACGGAACCAGUACAUGGGCCCGAAUGAGUCACGAGACCCUGUGGACUGUUCGCUGUUCUACAUGGCGCUGAAAAAGAAGAAUGUGCUACUAGGGCUGUGGAAAUUAGCCAAUGCCCAUCCUGAACAAGCUGCCAUGUUGAAAUUCUUGGCAAAUGAUUUUGAAACAGACAGGUGGAAGAGCGCAGCGCUAAAGAACGCGUUUGCAUUGUUAGGAAAGCAAAGAUAUGAGUACGCGGUAACCUUCUUCUUGUUGGCCGACAAACUUAAAGAUGCCGUGAAUGUAUGUUUAAAGCAACUGAACGAUCCCCAGUUGGCAAUCGUUAUUUGCCGUCUGUAUGAAGGGGAAGAUGGCCCCAUUCAGCGUGAGAUGCUCUUGAAUAGCAUUCUUCCACGGGCGCUUGAUCAAGGCGAUAGGUGGCUUGCCAGUGUUGCUUUUACAAUGCUGAAACAGAGAGAUAAAGCUUUAUUAGCGACCUUGACCCCGCUAGAUACGCUACUUCCUCCAUCAGACGAAGUGCAAACGUCGCCGCCCGACCAAAGUUCAAAGCCCCAAUCCCUCUCAGAUCCGACCCUCUUAGUAUUUUAUCACCAUCUUCGUCGAUCAUACCGAAGUAUGCGAAUUUCUCAACCCCGCAUCCCACCGGAUCUGGAAUGCGAAUUUGUGUACCGAAGUGCACAGGCAUACGAACAAUUGGGAUGCCCGGGUUUGGCAUUAGAUAUUGUGAGGAAAGCGGAUGAGCUGGUUGGAUUAUAUGUAACAGACGAGGAGGCUGUCCCGGUUGUUUACAAACCUCCGUCCGAUGACAUCGCUGUCGGGGUCUUGGAUAUAGAUAAAUGGGGAGCCGGAAUCAAAACCAGCGAGAUCAAGUCAGAAGAAUCGGCUUCAAAGGAGACAGCAGGCGGUAUUGACUGGGGCGACCCCGUUUCAAAGCAGAAUGCUGGAGACUUUGACUGGGGUGCACCAGUUUCACAACAGACAAGCGCAGGCAUCGAUUGGGGCGAGCCUGUCAACAAAACAACCGCUGAUACUUUCGAUUGGGGGGCACCAGUUUCUAAUCAAACCGCGGGUGGGAUCGACUGGGGUGAACCUACGUCAGGACCAACGAUUAAGACUUCAAUGGAUGAUGAGUUUGAAGCCUUCAAAAGGAGUCUCGGUGGGUAUCAAGAGGAGGAAAUCACAGAUCUCGACCUCGAGGAGGAAAAUGGAGAUAAAGACGAUUUAAUACCUGAAGUAAAGAACGACGUAGUGGAGGUUUCCGAUAUUCCAAAUAUCCCAGCAAAGCCAAUUGACGAAGAGACUCUCCUCCGAUUAGAGUUGGAAAAACGCAACAUUCGCCUGUAUAACUGGAUGCUCGCCAUGCGCGUCGUCCAAGCUGCUUAUAAGUCCGCCUCGUCUGUGUCAAAAAACCGGGACGUGCUCAACGCCGAGAGCACGUUCCGGGACUACUUUGCGCUGUUGCAAGAUGGGAUUCGUGCGUUAUGCAGUCUUGUCGAAAUGCCCAUUGCUGUUAUGGAUCAGAUAUGGGACUCGAGGUGUAGAGAAAUGGAUGCUGCUGUCGCCUAUGUGGAGCUGAUGCCUCUACACGGAACAUUGGCUGAUUAUAAGGUGGAAAUUGGGAAGUUCAUUGUGGAGGAGUCCAAUACAUUAGCGAGGUUGUCAUUGGGAGAAGGUGAUCUUUGUGGUUCGGCAUUUAUUGAUUCGUUGUCGAGGCAAAUGCUUUGGUUCCUCGUCCGGUGGAUCGAACGUGCGUCUGCUGAGACACAGGCGGACUCCGUUCUUGACAAGGCCGUGGUCUCCCAAGCUGCUGCAACGGCCUUCCUCACUCUGACGGUCUACUCUAUCCGCAAAAGGAGGUUUACAACCCUUUAUUGGCUCGUCGGGUUUUGCGACCGCUUCUUCGAUGCUCUUCUCGCCGGCAACAUUAAUGACCUCAAAGAAAUAAUAUUGGAAGUUCUCAGUGAUCGACCAGUCGGGUCAAAUGCGGAUGCCGAAGAUUCAGAAGCAAAUGUUGACAGUGAACCAGAUGAUGAUGAUUUUGAAGAAGAAUGUGGAGCUUCAGUGCUAUCCCACGGCGAUGCCAUGUUAGUCGCUGAUGCCCUGACGACCACGGUGGCAUUACAGCAUGUUGGGCUCACCUUUGACGGAUAUCUGGCGCAGUUGAGGGAUGACGGAACGAGUUCGUCGCGUUCAACGGAUGAUAUCCACGGGUUUCUGUGUGAUGCAAUAUUGCGGCGGUUGAGUCGAAUGUUGUUCACUAUGCAAAAGGCAGUCGCGAAGGGGUGGGAAAAGACUGCGAUCCGCAUUCCCAAAGUCCGGAAGUAUUUGCAAGAUCCAGACGAAAAGCAAAUAUGGGAUUUGCUGGGACGGACAGUCAGCAUUGUGAAGAUGUUGGACUUGAUCUUGCAAGGGGGAAAAUCGGAGGAAAAGGAAGGUAACAUUCAAAAGAUAAUACCGAGUGAGAACACCGAGGGGGGAGAACCAGCAGAACCAAAAACACAGGAGACCCAGCCAGAGUUGAUCUACCGUACCAAAGACAUUAUACAUACAUUUGCGUUGAAUCCGCUCGACCACAACCACAUGGCGAUUGGGACCCAUCGAGGUAUACAAGAGAUCGAUGUCUCAAACGCGUUGAACUUCUUCCUUCGAAGAGGAACGUUUACAGAUCUCCGUGCAUCGGUUGAUGACUUUGAACUGAGGGCCUCAAGGCAACCUCCGGAACAUUUCUCUGCACCAAAGUUUGGAGUAACGGGCGCGGUCGAGAAGAAGGGUAUUAAGCGCCAGGAUACUCUCACGCGCAAUUUGAGCUUCGAUUCGAUGCAAAAGGCGUUGAAGACAAAUAUGCACAGUUUGAGGAGAGAGUCAUCUGCGGCUCUAGAAUUGGAUGCUGGGCAGAGAAUUGCACAUAAUGUUACUGGGGUCUCCUCGCUUGCGUCACAUCCUACUCUCAACUAUUACCUUGCGGGAAUAAGUGAACCCCCAACCACACCCGCUGUGGUCAACCUUUAUCAAUUCGGACAGCCUAAAGAGCUGGUCACAUACACGUCAGGCACCACUGCCCGCUUCACGCGAUGCCGAUUCGACCCCUUUGGUUCACGGUUUGGAGCCACUGAUACCAAGGGCGAUCUCUCUUUGUGGAGAUUUGAUGCUAGUGCACAAGCAUUAUCACCUGCAGCAGUUUUGGCGUGUCAUGCUGUAACGAACGAUUUUCUUUUUUGGAAGUCGAGUAGUUUGCUAGCUACUGCCGGAUUUUCUACUAGCCAGAUGAAUGUGUGUCUUUGGGAUUCACUGUUGCCAGCUAACAAGUCGCGAAUCAAAGGCUUUACGGUGGCCGAAGGUGGAGCGUACUCUCUAGCUUACUCUGCUCGACACGAAUUGCUGUUUGCGGGAGGGAAGCGAGGAGAUAUAUAUGUAUUUGACACUCGACAGCGAACGCUAUUGGACAACUUCCACGGCCAUGAACAAACUGUCAAAUCAUUGGCAAUUGACGAUGAAAAUAAUUGCUUGGUAUCGGGCUCCACUGGGGGCGAUGUAAAGCUAUGGGACCUCCGAACAUUCCAACAAACAGAAGCGUGGAACACUGUCCACCAGCGUUUAUCCAUUGGAGAUCGACAAUCGGGCAGCAGCGAGCGAGCAGGGCUAACAUAUGGUGUGAUGCAGAUUGAGGUUGUGGAAGAUGGAAUCUACACCUGUGGAGCCGAUGGAUGUGUGAGGAGGUAUAAAACUGGGAUUUGAGAUGUAGAACCUUUCAUGUUGGAUACGUUUAUGGAUGAAAAUAUGCUGUCACUCAUGCAUAAUGUUGGCAUACGUGACUUGUAUACGUAUGGAAAUUAAUAUGGUGUCAUACCGUUCUCUUACGGGCUA